AUGAACGGGGAGUCUACACAGGGAGGCGGAGAUGGGAAUGAAGAAGGACGAGCUCUGCCAGGUGCUAGUUUUAAUCGACUUCCAACACUUGCAACAAGAGCCACCUUUAUGCUGGGUAGUGCUCUACAGCACCCUGUUAAGACCAAUGGCGGAGAUGCAGGGUGUGAGGAACAAGAUUCCUACUGGCCUAGCAGUCCUCCAGCAGAGUGGCAGGUCGGUGGGCAGAUGCGUGAUGAAACACACGAUGACGAUGAGUAUAGGCCUACUGCAGCGGAGGUCGAGGCAGCGGCGGCAGAGGACUCUGCAGCGGGGGCUGGAGGGGACGCGGAUGUGGAGGAGGAGGUGCAAGAGCGGGAGGAGGAGGGUGCUGGCCGCAAUGCCAGGGGGCAUGGAGGGGAUAAUGGACGGGGAGGAGGGGGUCGAGGGGGUCGUGGGGGGGGACGGGUUGGUCGCGGGCAGGGUCGGUCUUCUCCGCGUGCGCAGCCCGUAGGCAAUGCAGGGGGGCGCAGUGGGGGGCAUACUAGCGGCCCCCCAGGAGAUGGACGAGGUUGUGGAAGGGUUGGGAGAGUUGCGCAUACUACUGCAAGGGCUGGGCGCGGUGGCAGAGGUGGUGAGAGAGCGGCCGAGGCUGCGCCCGAUCCAGGGCCAGGGAAUGCACCCACUCAACGGUCCGAUGGUGUUGGGUCUACGCCGUUGCGUGCUGGUGGCAUCAGUCGGGGUGGUGGGACAGCGGGGAGUCGUGGGCGGGUGUCAAAGCGUCAACGAAAGGAGGAUUUGCCUAAGGAUCCGGUGGUUGAGGGUUUGGCAGAGAAGCACUACCCUGGUUUACUAGUGGGAAUGUUUGCGAAGCCAAAGAAUCUAGAGUUUCCUUGGGGCGGCUAUGGUGUGUCGGGCGAUGGGCCACCAGUGCCCAACCCGCACGGUGGUGCAUGGGAGCACGCGGCUGCCUGGCCAAACAUCCCAGCUGCUGUAGCCGCGACCAGUGGCGCAGGGGGGGGGGGCGAGUGGGAGUCGUAG